AUGUAUGCGGACUGUGGUCUGGAGUACGACCCCUCCAACCCAGCCUCAACACUCCACAGCCAAGCCCACCCUUCCCACAACCCAUUCUUCUUCGGCCAGCCAGACGACAAGCUAGAGCCGUACCAGAUGAAACACGACGACUCCGUCAAGUGGGUCUAUCGCCCCUCCACCCUCACUGCCGCCGCCAUCGGAACCUCCGUCCUCGCCAUUCUAGCCUACAACUCCCACAUCUUCCCCAGUUCAUUUCGAUCUCAUCUCGGCGUGAUCUCUGGCGUCACCGUCUUCCUGGUCUUCUGUAUGCUCAACUUUCGGGACGGCCCUUUCCGGAGACCCCAUCCAGCGUUCUGGCGGAUAGUUCUGGGACUCAACCUGCUCUACUUCAUGCUGCUUUCGUUCCUCUACUGGACCGACAAAUCCACAGCCCGGGAGCUCAUCCGAUACUUCGAUCCAUCCCUGGGCGUCCCCCUGCCGGAGAAAAGUUACGCCGAGAACUGCGAGUUUACGCCCCAGAACGUCUGGCAAGGCGUCGACAUCUUCUGUCUUGCACAUAGUCUCGGCUGGUUUGCCAAGGCCGUCGUGCUCAGAGACCAUUGGUUUUGUUGGAUCUUGAGCGUCGGCUUCGAGGUCAUGGAAUACUCGCUCCAGCACCAUCUACCGAACUUUGCCGAAUGUUGGUGGGACCAUUGGAUCCUCGACGUAUUGAUUUGCAAUUGGGGCGGAUUGUGGCUUGGGAUGAAGACGUGCGAGUGGCUGCGGGUCAGGCCCUUCUCCUGGCGCGGACUCCGGCCGGUGGCAGUAGAAAAGAACCCGUCCGCGUCGCGUCGACGAGCCGCGAAGUAUGCCGCUCAACAGUUUACGCCGCAUGAUUGGACCGAAUUCCGGUGGGAAGGCACCAAGCGCUUCCGCAAUUACAUCUCCACCGUCGCCCUGCUCACCGUCUUUCUUCUCUCCGAACUCAACGUGUUUUAUUUGAAGUCGCUGCUGUGGCUGGCCCCCGAACAUCCGAUCGUCAUCCUGCGGCUGGCGGCCAUGUUCCUGUGGGCCUUGCCGGCCGUCCGAGAGUACUACGACUAUGCCACUUAUACCAAACGCGUUAAACGCAUGGGCUCGCAUGCUUGGCUUUCGAUGGCUACCGUAAUUUUGGAACUACUGAUUGUGAUAAAAUGGUCCAAGGGCGAAUUUGAAGAAUCGGUUAUGCCAGUUAAAGUCAAGAUCUUCUGGAGCUUGAUCCUGAUCCUAUUGGUCCUCUAUCCGGCCAUUAAAUUCGGCCUGCCUACACUCAAACAUAAUCACCUCAAACAUCCUUCCUCUUCUAAAAAAGCUAGUCGCUCGCGGUAG